AUGUCUACACUCUUCCGAGCAUCUAAUUUGAGGGGUCUCGAAGGCUUCGACCAGACCAUGUCAAGAUCGGAAGCCCGUAAGAUCCUUAAUCUCGGUCAAACUCAACUUAGUAGGGAAAAUAUACAGAAGCAUCAUCGGCAACUUCUGCUGUCCAAUCAUCCAGAUCGAGGUGGGAGUACUUACAUCGCUUCCAAGAUUAACGAAGCGAAAGAUGUCCUGCUUGGUAAACGGCGAUAA